AUACCGGAACUGUUACUUUCUUCCUGCAAAACAACAGCACGCGACUUUAAACGGCAGAAAGUCUCGGUUCAGUCUUUAUAUUUCGGGUCAAUUAUUCCGUUUUUCUUUUUUCCUGGUGAUAUUUUCCUUUAAGAGAAUAUUAUCUAUUUUUCAAGCUGGCGAACAACGCAGCACUCCACUGUUUAUAAUGUCCCAGGCCACCAAACGCAAACAUGUCGUCAAGGAAGUUCUUGGAGAUUUUGUCACUCCAACAGAAAACCAGCAGAUUGUGAAGGUUAUUGGAAGUCGAGGCAACAACCUGCACGAAACAGUCACGGCUCAGGGAGAAACUUUCCUGGUGAGCAUGCCCACCAAGUUCCGGAAAAACAUCUGGAUCAAGAGAGGCGAUUACGUGAUUGUGGAUCCUAUUGAGGAGGGAGAGAAAGUGAAGGCGGAGAUCAGCUUCAUUCUCUACAAAGACCACAUUCAGCACCUUCAGAAACAGCAGCUUUGGCCCGAGGGCUUCACUGAGAAGUCACCACACAAUAACAAAAACACAAAUCGGGAGGACGUGGAGACAAAAGGCGAGGAAGAGGAAGGAAGCAGCUCUGAAGAGGACGAUAGCGACCUUUUUGUAAACACAAACCGCUGUAACUACCAGUACAGCGAGAGCGAGGAGGAGGACAGCAAUGAAGAGGACAGCGAUGAAGAGGACACACCAAAGGCCGAAAAUGGUUCUUAGCUGCAGCGAUGAAGGUGGACGGAGAACCAACUGUACUUUGAAAUUUAGAAGGAUUUCAAAAGCUCCCUCUGCUCAUCAGACUGUUGGCACAAUGAUCUCCUUCAGUGAACUUUAUAAAACCUUUUGUAUAGUUUCACACAAAACAGUGUUUAUGUCAACAAAGAAAUUCAAACGGAUCCAGAUGAGAUCCUUUAAGCUGUUUUCCUCACAUUCCUGCUUUUAAUUUCAUCUCCAAAUGAGCCAUUUCUCUAUUAUAAAUAGAAAAUUGCUGAAAGUUCUCACAUUUUGUUUGAUGGAAUAAAAUAAAUGC